GGCACACUCUAUCCCUGAUGUCUGGGUGGACUGGACACCACCAGUAAGCCGCACACCAGCCAAAGAGCAGGGUGGGGGUCUUUGUUUAGACCACCCAGUGACCGCACUUACAGCAGAGAGGAGAGACGAAGACUUCAGCCAUGGUCAUCCUACAAAAGGGAGAUUAUGUCUGGAUCGAUUCGGGCAUCGGGGUGCCCAUUGGAGCCCAGGUCAAGCUGUCUGAAAGGGGGGACCUUCAGCUGCUUGAUGAUGAGGGAAUUGAGCACAAGCUCACAAAAAAGCUGGAAAGCUCCCUGAAGACCAUGCAUCCCACCUCCAUCAAUGGGGUAGAUGACAUGAUCCGACUAGGUGAUCUGAAUGAGGCAGGGCUCCUCCGAAACCUUCUGGUGCGACACAAAGAGGGCACCAUCUAUACAUACACUGGCUCUAUUCUGGUGGCAGUGAACCCGUACCAACUGUUGCCCCUCUACACGGUGGAGCAGGUGCAGAUGUACACAGACCGCCGGCUGGGCGAACUGCCGCCACACGUGUUCGCUGUGGCCGACAGCUGUUUCUUCAACAUGCGCCGCAACCGUAAAGACCAGUGCUGUGUCAUAAGUGGGGAGUCGGGAGCUGGAAAGACAGAAAGCACUAAGCUGAUGCUGCAGUUCCUGGCUGCCGUCAGUGGCCAGCGCUCCUGGAUUGAGCAGCAAGUGCUGGAGGCCAACCCCAUACUAGAGGCCUUUGGUAACGCAAAGACUGUCCGUAACGAUAACUCCAGUCGGUUUGGAAAAUACAUCGACAUCAGCUUUACUGAGGGAGGAGCUAUUGAGAGUGCCCGCAUUGAACAGUACCUGUUGGAGAAGUCCAGAGUGUGUCACCAGGCUUCAGAUGAGAGGAAUUAUCACAUCUUUUACUGCAUGCUGCUGGGGAUGUCAGCUGAUCAGAAGAAGAUCCUGUCUCUUGAAAGUGCCGCAGAAUACAACUACCUGACCAUGGGUAAAUGCACUUCCUGUGAGGGCAGGGACGACAUAAAAGAGUAUGCUCACUUCCGCUCGGCCAUGAAGAUCCUCACCUUCUCAGAGAAUGACACCUGGGAGAUCAACAAGCUCCUGGCUGCCAUAUUGCACCUGGGCAAUGUGAACUUUGAAGCCACCAUCUUAAAUAACUUGGAGAGCUGUGAUAUUCGUUCAUCUGCUCAUUUCACUAUGGUUGCCAAGCUGCUGGAGGUUGAUACUAAGGCUCUGGAUGUGGCACUGACUCAAAGGUCCUUUAUGACCAACAGGGAGAGUGUCUCUAAGCCACUGAACUCAGAACAAGCUCUGGCUGGCCGGGAUGCCUUUGUAAAGGCAAUCUAUGGGAAGAUGUUUGUGUGGAUUGUGGAGAAGAUUAACAGUGCCAUUUCCAAGCCCUUUUCAGAGGACUCCAAACCUACAUCCAUUGGCCUUUUGGACAUUUUUGGUUUUGAGAACUUCACCCUGAACAGCUUUGAGCAGCUGUGCAUCAACUUUGCCAAUGAGCAGCUGCAGCAGUUCUUUGUGAAGCACGUCUUCAAGCUGGAGCAGGAGGAGUACGCCCAUGAAAACAUCGUCUGGACGCUCAUCGAAUACAACGACAACCAGCGCACACUGGACGUCCUGGCCAACAAGUCUCUCAAUGUCCUAUCACUGAUCGAUGAAGAAAGUAAUUUCCCCAAGGGCACAGACACCACCUUGCUGAAUAAGCUAAACCAUACGCAUGGAAAGACCAACAUCUACAUCUCUCCAAAGAACAACCACGAUACAAAGUUUGGGAUCCAACAUUUUGCUGGGGUUGUAUUCUAUGAUUCAAAAGGCUUCCUGGAGAAGAACAGGGAUGCCCUGAGCCCUGACCUCAUCCAGCUAGUGGAGAAGUCCAGUAACAAGCUCCUCAAGCAGAUCUUCAGCAAAGACCUCUCACCUCUCAACAACGUCAAGAACACCGGCAACCACAAAUUGAUCUUCACUCCCAGCAACUCCUUACGGCAAACCACAGACAAUAAGAAGCGAGUGCCAACUCUGUCCGGUCAGUUCCGUCAGUCCCUGGAUGCCCUAAUGAAGACACUGAUGGCCUGCCAGCCCUACUUUAUCCGCUGCAUCAAACCUAACGACUUCAAAAAACCCAUGCUGUUUGACAGGGAGUUGUGUAUGAGACAGCUGCGUUACUCGGGCAUGCUGGAGACCAUCCGCAUCCGCAAGGCUGGCUACCCCAUACGCCACACUUUCCAGGAAUUCCUCGACCGCUACCGUGUGUUGCUCAACAGCGCUGAGUGUGACCCCAAAACUGAGAGUGCCCAAGACUGCAGUAAAUGGAUCUGUGGAAACGUCUUGACUGGUAAAGAUGACUGGAAGGUUGGAAAGACCAAGAUCUUUCUUAAGGACUUCCAUGACACUGAUCUGGAGCUGGCGAGAGACUAUGCCCUGCACUACAAAGCCCAAAUCAUCCAGAGAGUCCUGAGGGGCUACAAGUACAGGAGGAGCUUUCUGCGGAAGAAGGCAGCUGCGUUGGUCCUCCAGAAGCACUGGCGCGGCCACAAGGGCCGCAAGCAGUUCAGAGUGGUGCGUCUGGGCUUUUCGCGGCUGCAGGCUACGGUGCGCAGCAGGCAGAUGCGCUUCCAGUACGAGCGAAAGCGCACCGCCGCUCUGGUUAUCCAAAAGCACGCCCGUGGACUCGUCGUCCGCCGGGAGUUUGAGCGCAAACGGAAGGCCGUCAUCAUCCUGCAGGCAAACACCCGGGGCAUGCUGGCCCGCAAGGCUGUCAAGAAGAGGAAGAGGGAUGCCUUCAUGUCGGUACAGGAUAGAAGGAAUGAGGAGCUGGCUUCCAGGGAACGACAAAGACGAUUGGAGGACAUUCUGCGGCACAAGCGAGAGCAAGAGGCUGCCGCCCAACAACCCUUCAAUGACCAUGACCAGGCAAUGGACCAGGCAAUGGAUGACAUCUUUGGUUUCCUGCCCCCUGUGGUGGGAGGGCAAGAGGGCAAAGCCCCUGUACCAUUUAAGGACCUUGAAGGGCAGCGCAUAGCGCUGGAGGAGAUCGACCUGGACGAGACUCCCCUUGCGGAGGACCUGCCCGAGGAGGACUACGAUGACGACCUGGAUGAGUAUUCCUUCUCCAAGUUCGCUGCCAUGUACUUCCAGGGCGCUGCUUCGGACACACACAUCCGCCGGAGGCUGCCCCAGCCCCUGCUCUACCACGAUGAUGAGGGAGACGUGCUGGCUGCUAAGACAGUGUGGUGGCUCAUUUUGAGGUUCAUGGGGGAUCUCCCAGAGCCCAAAGCUCAUCAGCAGGUCCGGAGAAACGGGCCCCUGGAUGCUGAACUACAGACAGAUCUGGCUGAGAGACAAAACAGACGCCUCAGUAACAUGAUUGGCAUGAACCAGAGGAUGGGAAAUGCAAAACUGCGAAAGAUCUCCACAGCUCCUGACGAGCGCAACAGGAAGGGCUCCAUGUUCACUAACCUGCUCACCCGCCGCAAGGACUCCAGCAUGCCCGAGGAGGUUGUUCUCAACCGCAAAGGUUCCUCCAUUCCCGAGGACCCCAAAGGCAGGAAGCCCUCCAUGUUCGCCGACAAGCUCAGCAAGAACCGAAAGGUCUCCGCCAUCCCCGAGGAAGGUGGCGCCAACAGAAAGGCCUCCGCCGCGCCGAACGCCAUGAAUCGCCGAAAGCCAUCCAUGAUCUCAGAGGAGGCUGAGGAUGAGAUGGAUGGCACCGUCUCCAAACCCCCCACAUUGCAGACGCUAAGUGAGGAGGACGUGGUGGGCAGAGAGGGGGGUUUCACCCUUGAUCGACCCCUGUCAUCCUUGGAGAAGCUCCACCUCAUCGUGGGUUAUGGCAUCGUCAGACGUGAUCUCAGGGAUGAGAUCUACUGUCAGAUCUGCAAGCAGCUUCAGGAGAAUGCCAUCCGCAGCAGCUUCUACCGAGGCUGGAUCUUGCUGUCGCUCUGCCUGGGCAUCUUCCCCCCAAAUGAUCGCUUUAUCAAGUACCUUCAAAACUUCAUCCGCUCUGGGCCCAAGGAAUAUGCCCCCUAUUGCGCAGAGAGGCUCAGGAGGACCAUGGCGAAUGGGGUGCGCGGAGAGCCACCCAGCUGGCUGGAGUUGCAGGCUACCAAAGCCAAGAAGCCCAUGGCCAUUUCAAUCACCCUCAUGGAUGGCCGCCUUCUCAGCUUGCCCAUAGACUCUGCCACCACAUCUAAGGAGAUCUGCAUAACGCUCUCCAAGAAGCUCAAACUCUACGACAUCUUCGGCUUCUCUCUCUACAUGGCACUGUACGAUAAGGUGUGGUCACUGGGCAACGCUCGCGACCACGUCAUGGACGCCAUCUCUCAGUGCGAGCAGGAAGUGAAGCGGAAGGGCGGGCAGGAGCAGCACGCCCCCUGGCGCCUCUACUUCCGCAAGGAGAUCUUCACCCCGUGGCACGACUGCUCCGAGGACGCCAUCAGCACCGACCUCAUCUACAGACAAGUCAUACGUGGCCUCAAAUGUGGAGAGUACCAGUGUGAUAAGGAGGAUGAUUUAAUCCAGCUGGCAGCGAAACACUUCUAUGUGCAGCAUGGCGCAGACACCAGCACGGAAAAGGCCAAGAGCGUGGUGGAGGAGUGCAUCAGCUCCACCCUGCAGGAGGCCAAGACGGAGGAGAAGUGGGUCCAGAUGGUCAGCGCGGCACACAUGGAAGGGCCGUAUAUAAACUCUAAGAAGAGGGCCCCCGUGGUGAAGGCAGAGGUGGUGGACUAUGCCAAGCAGAAGUGGCCCUUGUUGUUCUCCAAAUACUUUGAGGUGGUCAGAUUCUCAGGACCAGCUCUACCCAAAAACAAAUUCAUCCUGGCUAUAAACUGGACAGGCAUAACCUUCCUGGAUGAGAGGGAGAAGAAGGUGCUGCAGCUAACCUUCCCUGAAGUCACAGGGGUCAACACCAUGAGGGAAGGAAAGGGCUUUGGUCAGUCUGUGUGUCUCCUGACCUUGAAAGGUGACUUCAUGCUCAAUUCAAUCAGUGCUGCAGACAUAGCAGACGUGGUCACCAUGUUCCUGGGUGGCCUUAGGGAGCGCUCACAGUAUGCAGUCACCCUGCAGGAGUCCGGUAAACAAGAGGACCCCACCUUCCUCACCUUCAAGAAGGGGGAGCUCAUUCUCCUCAUCAAAGAUGACGAGUACUCACCAGAACGGGGAUGGUUCAAGGGCAAGAACGAUAGGACGGGCCAGAUUGGCGCCCUGCCAUCUGAUGCCAUCCUGGUUCUGCCCACGCUUACCAAGCCCACUAAUGAGAUCAUAAGCUUGAUGACACUGUCCCCAGAUCAGAGGAAGAACGUGGUUAAUGCUACCCUCAGAGGCACCAGCACGGAGAGAUUGGCCCUAUUCACCCUCAAAGAGUACUCCUUCCAGUACUUCAGGCCACCGACUAGGGAUGUGAACAAGCAGGUGAUGUCUAAGGGCGCUGCACCUGAGAGGCUGUGGGCUAACUCCAGGGAGCCCAUCAGGCAGCCGCUGCUGAAGAAACUGAUAGGCCAACCUCAGCCCGGCCACCUUGCCUGCCAGGCAUUCACUGCUAUCCUGAAGUACAUGGGCGACUACCCCACCAGACAACAGGUGAGCCCUCUGGAGCUCACCGACAUCAUCUUUGGAGGCGCCACCAAGCACGAGGAGCUGCGGGACGAGAUCUACUGCCAAAUCAUGAAGCAGAUGACCAGCAACAACAACAGGCACAGCGUGGAGCAUGGCUGGCAUCUCCUGUGGCUCUGUUGUGGCCUCUUCCCCCCCAGUAACAUUCUGUUCAAACACGCCCAGCGCUUCCUGGAGACGCGCCGCAGAGACCCAAUGGCCACCGAAUGCCUGAAGAGACUGCAGGCCUCACUGAGGGCAGAGCCCAGGAAGUUCCCCCCACACAAGGUGGAGUUGGAUGCAGUCCAGCAGAACAGCUUCCAAAUUUUACACAAGGUCAACUUCCCCAACGACACCGCAGAGAUCUUUGAGGUGGGUCCCCACACCAGGAUCAAGGACCUGACCCAUACAAUCGCCACCAAACUGGAGCUGCUGUCGGCAGAGGGCUUCACCAUGUUCAUGAAAACCCCUGACAAGGUUCUCAGCUUGAAUGAAACCGACUACUUCUUCGACAGCCUGCGACAGAUCACAGAUUAUUCCAAGACGGCAAAGAGGGUCAGAGAAGGUGCAGCACCAGUGAAUGUGCAGUAUCAGGUAUUCUUCAUGCGAAAGCUGUGGUUCAAUGUCGUCCCUGGGAGAGACCUGGAGGCUGACCUCAUCUUCCACUUCCCUCAGGAGCUCCCCAAGUACCUGAGAGGCUACCACCAAUGCUCCAAAGAGGAGCUGGUGCGUCUAGCCGGCCUGCUGUUAAGGGUGAAGAUUGAUAAUGACCAGAGCCAGCUUCUCAUGAUCCCCAAGAUGCUGAAGGAGCUGGUGCCCAAUGACAUGCUCAAGGCCAUGUCUGCUGAUGAAUGGAAGAAGCAAAUCGCAGCAUCUUACAACAAGCAAGCUGCCCUGACUGUUGAGGAUGCCGCAGUGCAUUUCCUCAAGGUGAUCUUCAAAUGGACCACGUUCGGCUGUGCUUUCUUUGAAGUUAAGCAAACAUCAGAACCCAAUUACCCGGAUAUUGUGAGGCUGGCUAUCGGCAGACAAGGCGUCAUUGUCAUGCACCCUAAAACUAAGGAGAUUCUGGCUUCACACCCUUACAACAAAAUUGCCAACUGGCGUAGUGGAAGCACAUACUUCCACAUGACAGUGGGCAGUCUAGUAGGGGGUAACAAGCUCCUCUGUGAAACAUCUCUGGGCUAUAAAAUAGAUGACCUCAUCACAUCGUAUGUGAACAUGUAUUUGAACGAGACCAAAGUCGCUUCACGCCAACGGAACCAGCACUACCGCUAAGGCCAACUGGGACCGAUAUGUGCCUCAGAAUGAAAAUGCACAUACACACACACACACACACACACACACACACACACACACACACACACACACACACACACACACACACACACACACAAAUACACAUAAACAUAAACACAGACAAACAUACAGACUGUUUCAAUUGUCAGAUUUUUUUAGAUUGAGUAUCAAGUGCAUAUACAUUGAUUAUUAAAUACUUAAAUCAGGUGCCAAAAUAAAUUGAAAGCAUUUGAGGGACUUUUGAAGUGAUUCCUUGGCUAGUCAUGUAUUGUUAAAAUAAAUCUCAUUGUAUUUCAAAAUGUACUCAUUGAAAAAAAGUAUUUUUUGAAGACAACACUUCAGAAAGCUAUCAUAACUUAUUUAUAACCCAGGUACCACUGUUGUUAUCAGUAACUUGGCUUUUAACAUAAUCAUUCCAUUUGCUUUACUUGUCCAAGUUGUCCUCUCUGCCUGCCAAACUAUGUUCCUUUCUGUUUUUGUCAAAUUCAUCCAAGGACAUGGUGUUCUGCCUAGGUUAUGGGAUUACACGCUUAAUGAAUUUAAUGUUUUCAGAAGAAACAACCAGAAGGAUAAAAAAUCUUAUUUUUUCUUGUGUUGCUCCCAAGUGGCUGAGAUAUGACUUUCCAAUAAAUGAUUUCUUACAAUAAA